AGUUUGCCUACGGUGGACACCCGUAUCCAUUCUCAGGGAUCUUUGAGAUUACACCCGGAGAUGCAACUGAACUCGGCGAAACUUUUAAGUUCAAAGAAGCCAUAGUCCUGGGCAGCACAGACUUCACAGAAGAGGAUGUGGAGCGGAUUGUGGAGGAGAUGGGAAAGGAGUACAAGGGCAACGCCUACCACCUCAUGCACAAGAACUGCAACCACUUUUCCUCAGCUCUGUCCGAG